AUGAGGGUGUAUCUCUACGCCGACGCAUUGGCCAAACACGAAUCCUCCAAGUACUUCACGGACACUCAUCAACGCAAUCUACUCGUAGUCGCGUGCCUUUUCCACGAUCUCGGAACUACCCAAAAUUAUGAUGGUCCUCAGCGCUUCGAGAUUGAGGGCGGCGAUGCCGCAGUCGAGUUUCUAUCCGGCUUUGGUGUGGGGAUCUCCGAAAGAAUUGGUGAGCUGUCGAGACUUGUUCGUAUCGGGGUCAUUACGGAUUUUGGACGGAAAGGCGAGGGGUACGAGGUGCUGCAACCACUGGCCGAGGGACUGGAGGCGCGGUGGGGGCGGGCGGGAAUCGAGAAGGUGCUUGGUGAUGCGGUGGUGGAGCAGGCAAAGCGGAAGCCAGAGAAGGCGCCGAAGGUUUCGUGGCCGCGUGCGAUGUAUGAGGCAUGGCUCGUGGAGCCGGAAUGGGACGGUGUCAACAAGGCGUUUUGA